AUGGAUAUAAGGCGGUUGUGUUUGGUGCACAUCAUAACGACGAUAGCGAUGUUAUCCGGCUGCAACACACAGAGUAUCGAACAAGAAGGUACGUAUUUUCAUACGUGAUUUUCUGUACAAUCCGUCCGUGAUAAUACGACGACGGCCGUAUUUAAGAAGGGAGGGGGGAGUUAUUGGUGAGACGCAUCUCCCGUCUUUAUCAUUUUUUAGUAUCUACUACUAUUUAUGCGACUAUAUCUGCUUAAAACGGACUCUGUCCUAAGCACCUAAAUAAUACAAACGAUUUAAUAAUAAAAAAAUUACUAAUGAUACGAUAUAGGUACCUAGUUAUUUAAUUUCAACGGUAAUUUUACCGCAGAUUGAAUUAAUAAAUAACAAAUUAAACUUACAAGGUAUGACACAAUUUCCAAAUUUAAUAUCCUCUCCCCUGCUUGGUAAAAUCAUAAAUACGCCACUGCAUAAUAAUAAUACAUAGUACAUACUAUUAUGUAGUGGUUUAGAAAACUAUUGAUAUUUUAUAAUUUUUUGUUGGAUAUGGUGUCUGGAUUUUUUCAAAAGGAAGAGGGGGGUUAAGAACAAUAGUGGAAAACCUUUAUUACCUUUAUAACCAUAAUAUGACUAUUUUAUAAAUAUAGCUACAUAAAAAAUAUUUUCAUACAGGUGAAAACCAAACAAUAUUUGUCUGCAGACAUAUCACUGGUACAUUUGUUAUUUAUAUGGCCGUAUCUGGGGAGGGGGUGUUCAAGCAUACCUCCUCUCCGAUUGUGUCAAACAAUUACUAGAGAACUAUAGACAAACUGGUUGUACAUUUGUGUCACCUAGUACAAGUGAAAAAUCACUUUUAAAUCGAUAAUAGCAUCAUUUUCUUCCUUAUGGAAAUCUUGAAUGUACGGUUUUAACUUUUUAUAGCUGUGAUAGUAUUAUGGUAACUGCUAUAAAUUAUCACGGUAAUCUUAAUAUCAAUCAUCGUUGAUAUUAUAUAAUAUGUCAUCAUAAUCCGUUACUAAAGAGGGGAGGUUUCUGGACCCCGAGUCCACCCUCUUCGUUUCGCCAUUGGGUAUAUAUUAAAUCACGGUUAAUCAGAUGCAGCUGCACGCAUGGUCAACACGUGAAUAUAUUGUGCAUUACGUAUAUUUUAUUAUGAGUAAUACGCGUUUUACGGGGCAAGACGGGGCAUCUGCCCCCCCCCCCUGGACUUUAAAAUAUAAAUUUAAUAAUUAAUUGAUAUUAUUUUAUUUUAAGUACUUGUUGUUAUUUGAUUUUAUUCUUCCUGAUCAAUUUCCUGCGGAACUCUAAAUACAUAUAAAUAUUGAAUCCGUUGACAAAAUAAUAAAAUCUGUUUAAAAUUAUUGCUUGGAAUUAUUUUUUAUAUUUGUUUUUUUCAGAUAGCCUAACAGAGUCCAUGCACAACUACACCAAUUUGAAAAUAUUUUUAUGGUCGGGUUCUGGAGACGGUUCAACGGAAUCUACGGAAACGCCCGCCUCCGAAAAAAUUCCAUUUUAUUCAGUAAAUAAAUAAAUUAAUACGUAAUAUACGUCUAUCUUUAAUACGAAACGUGAGUGUAUAAAUAAGACACACGUAUUAUAUAAAUUUAAAUAUUUUAUAGGAAAAUCCUGAAGAUUGUAUAGGUGGACAAGACUGUAACAUUCGACCUACGUCCGUUGCGCCGCAUCCCGGGGUUAUUGACAUACCGCAAACCACCGAAAUACCGGACAAAGAAUAUUGGAUAGUAACUGAAUUACAUUUUCACUCGCUGUUGGAUGUUAAUAUUUCCAUACCAGUUAUGAAAGAAAAAUUGGCCGUCCUCUACACGAUUGCUUUCACUAGGUAGGUAUUUUUUAAUAUGGCACGCACUAUCCUAUAUAUAUAUAUAAAUAAAUACGCAUAUUAUAUAGAGUUCAAUUUAAUAUAAGGGUAUGCAGGAGCGUAACCAGGGGUGAGGUUUGGGGGUUAUAACUCCCUCCGAAAUUUAAGAUUUUCUUAUGAAUCAUAAUAAGUUCUAAUUAUUAGAACUUAUUAGAAUCUAAUAUGUAUUGCUUUGAUCAAAUAGCAGUAUUUCUUAUUUUAGACUUUUAUAUAUCUGCCACGUAGCGAAGAACCUAUAAUUGUUACUUAAAUUGCUUUCAGCAGUUCACAUCCUAUGUCUUUUGUAAUUGAUUCCUGGGUCACUUUGGCAGCAAGGGAAAAACACGACUAACUUUUUAUAUUACUACUCUACUCAAAAUCGUCUUUUUGUUUGCAAUGAUUUAUAAUUGAAAGGUAUAGUUUAUAAACUAAAUUACAUUGUUUAUUUUAUAUCUUUGUAAUUACCCACCUGCAAUAGUUGCCUACCCGUGAGCAGUAUCAACUUUUUGAAAUUCGUAACCCCUUCCGAAAAUAAAUCUUGGUUGUGCUAUUGAGGGUAUGUAAAAGGCAGCGGAUUAAGGGCCGAACUUGAAAAACUUGAAAAUGGGCUAUUAUUGUAUAUACAUUAAUAACACAAUAAGUUUUUUACAUUCAUGGGCCUAGCGGACGUGGUCGCCUGCUACCCUUGGUUUGGGUAUGCAAUAUUCCACCUUUUAUAAGUAUAAACGAUUGUGUUUAAAUUCAAUAAUAAAUAAACGAAAUAUACACACGUUUUUAAAUUAUAAAACGUAUAGAUAACAAACUGGUUGUGUUAUACUAAUUAUCGUAUGGCAUAUACUUUAACUACCAUACAUUAUGUUAUAUUAUAAGUUAUUAAGUUAUCUUGUUAAACGCAUACUAAUUAAAUAAAACCAAUAUAAUGUAAUCACCGCGGAUUCACAUUUUCCAAUUUAAAAUUUCUUAUACGCGUUUUAUUCUAUUUGUGGACUCUUUAACUUUCGUCAAUUUUCCGUUUUUUCCUGUACGGCCCAUGUUUAAUUUUUUUAAUAAUCAUCAAAUGUUUAUUUAUUUAUUUUUGUAAUAAAUAUGUAUAAAAUAUGACGCAUACAAUAUUAAUAAACGAGUAUAAUAGCGUUCUGACAGUUCGGUACAAAUAUUGUAGUUUAAUCCGGAACUAAUUGUAACACGGUGUAUAAAUCAUAUAGAGCGCAGGCUACUGCAGCAAUGAUAUGACCUAUAUUUUUCAUGAAAAAUGAUUCAUUCUUAAAGUCACAUAGUGGUGGGUUACCGAUUGACAUCGGGAAUGAAAUGGAUAUGAGUUUCAAUAAUGCAUCGUAACGAUGCGAACGUUUGAUCAAUAAAAUAAUAUCGUAUAACUAAAAUAAUAAUAUAAUACGACGAUUCCGGACUAUUAGUCGUACAUAGAGCCACGGACAAUACAGUUUAACUUUUGUUUUAUGUGAUUUCACUUGCAUAGGCAACAGGCUCAACAUCUCGGACUAAAUGCGGCGAAUUGGACGGAAGAAGAAGUAAACUUAUAUCGAAAUCGGAGAUGGGAUACCCACGAAAAACCGAUUAAAGUCGGGGUACAUGUUCUGUCCAUUGUGAACAAAUUAGAUUUGGUUUAUUAUGUUACCGUGAACGAGCAUCCCGUAUCGGCUGCUACGGCAGUGCGUGAUAUGAGCCUUGUUACAGUCCAAGAAGCAGCAGAUUACCUCGGAUAUACCGUCAAAAUAAAAGCUCGCCGUGAGUAAAACUCUUGUUUUUAUUUGUUAAAAACAAAUUAAUUUGAAAAUCCAUUUCGUAGCUUACUUGGACGGAUUACACUUUCAAAGAGUUCGCGGAGGCGUGAGUUACAGUAAGAUUUUGAUUAUAAUCACCGCAGUGUCUAUAAUUAUUUUAGCACUCGCUGCGGGCUUUGUCAUAGCGCAUAAAAAGAAGAAAAGAAAAAAUAGCAUUAGUUCCGGCAAAACUAAUAUGGCGUGCGAAGAACAAACUCCCCACCGAGAAGUAAUUUUUAUAUUAUAAAUUAUUAAUUAAGUAAAACUACGAGAACGACACGAUGAUAAAAUAAUGUUCAAAUUUGUUUGAAGGUAAAAACCGAAGCCACGUCUACGGAGGAUAUCAGUACUUUACAAACACCCGAACCGAAGCCGAGAAAUAGAAAUAAGAUUUCGAAUUCUUUGCUAUCCAUGCAGGCAGUUAAUAAAUUUCAAAAGUUAGUAAGUUAAAUUAAUACGGAACGGCAGGACGUUAGAAUAAAUAAUUGAAAAUCGAAUAAUAAAUUAAUCAUAUUAUAGUGGAGAUGAUGUCUUUCUGGACUUCUUAGUUCUGAGUACUGUAUAAUAAUAUGGACGAAUCAUAAUACAAUUUGUGCGUAUACGUACGCUAUACAAGUCAAAUAAUUUGACUUUUAUAACAAACAAACGAUUUAAGUGCAUAUAUACUACAGUAUACUCGUAAUAAUUAUUAUUAUAAUAAUACGAAUAACUCGACGAAUAUAUACGUCGAACAGAUUCGACGAUUUUAUCAUUCCUGCGGCGUUUCAGUGCAGUAUACGGCGAGAAAUAAGUAGCCAUCUGCCAUCGAGAUCAAACCGACACGAUAAAACCGUUUAAACGGUUGCCAGAUACGUUUCGGGUAUCCCGGGGUGAAGUAUCCUACAUAGAAAUAAUAAUAUAUGAACGACCGGUGCCGGCUUAAUGAACGGAUUACGCAGCGAUAAUUCAAAAAACAACAGAUAGGCAGUAUAUAAUUAUACCUACGUAUAUUGUUCAAAAUAAUUUCAUGAGUGUGUUUAUUUUUAAUUUUUUUUUUUUUUUUUUACGUAUAAUCAUUUUAAUCGCGUAUAAAAAGAAAUGUAACAAUAAGCGUACAAAAAAUUAAUAACUUCACGCAACAUUAUCGCAAUGUCAUGAUCAUGUCGUAUUUCUUGUGAAAUAAUAAUUAUACUGCAGGAACGAACAAAAGUUUUUAAACUAUACUAAUUAAGCGUGAAAGUCAUUCAGGACUAUAUAAGUAUUACAUUUGUUUCGAUGUUAUAAUAAAUAAAUUAACGGUUUUAUGUACUCCUACUAACAUACAUAAAACGAACAUUUUUUUUUUUUUUUUUUAAUGUAAUUUUACUCGCGUAUUAUCAACAAGUAGGUUGAUAUACAUUUGGAAAAUCUGAAAUAAAGUUGGAGAUAGGUACAACUCGAUUAUAUAUUAUUAUAUACAGGAUGAUUCACUAAGUGUGUAGCUCAUUUCAUUUUUUGGUUAAAUUUUGCUUGUAUUCAAAUUCUGGUUUUGGUAUUUUUAAGCGUGUAGUUAAAGCCGAAAUUUUCGAACACUUAGAUUUUUCACAACAUUUAAGGAGAAUCAUGUGAUGAUCCUAAUUUCGGUAACAUCCUUAAAUGUUGUGAAAAAUCUAAGUAUUCGAAAAUUUCGGCUUUAACUACACGCUUAAAAAUACCAAAACCAGAAUUUGAAUACAAGCAAAAUUUAACCCAAACAAGUAGCAAGAAACAAGUACAAAGAAGUAGGGAAGGUAGGAUAUAGAGGAAAAUUUAAAUUUUAUUUGUACGCAACGAUAAACCAUUGCUAACAAAAGACGAUUCGGAGCGACAGUUUCUUUUAUAUCAUAUACACAUACAUUUUCCCGUUGUUCUUAAGUUUUUUUCCGAUUAUUAUGAAAACCGUCUUGAAAAUCAAUAAAUUACUAUUCUGAAGUACCAAUUAAAUAAAAUUCGCUUUCAGAAAAGGUGUUGCACUUGAUACAUCAGAGUAAGAUUUCCGGUAGACAAUUUUCUAACAGAAUAAAAAAAUAAAAUACAAAUCUUUGUACAACCAAUAUAUAGGUGCUUCGCUCCUAAUCUAAAAUUUGUAAUUUUUACUGAAAAUUUACACGUCUACAGGACCGGAUGAAUGGAUCCGCACGCUUCCUGAAGUCUGAUUUUCGAAAGUAAACCUUUAAAGGUUGGUUCACACAGGGCUUUUGGUAUUUUCGAAAAUUGAGUUAUUUUUGUUGGUCAUGUGUUUCUUUACUGACAAGGAUGAAAAAAUAAACUACUAAUUCUUAGUUGAAUUUGUUAUCACAGAUAAGAAAGUACCCUUAAAAAAAAUUAAUUACUGGGCAAUAACGGUGACAGGUCAUGAAACAGGGUCAUGGUCUUACGGGGAGACACAUUUUUUUAAAUUUUUUCGUUCAAUACAAAGACGUUCGGGACAGUGAUUUAAAAAUAUUAUCAGAAUUUAAUUAUUUUUUAUUUUUCACUUAUAUUGUUUCAUUUAUUUAUAUUUUGAAAACGUAAGAACAUAAAAAAAAAAAUGUCGAUGUAUUAUUUCAUGUUUGACUGUUAAAAUAUAUUAUGUACACAAACACAUACCAAUAAUUGGGGAGUUUCUGACGUGUAAAAAUAACUGGCGUGCCGACAAUUAAACAAAUGAUUAAAGCAAUUAAAAAUAUUAAAAUUUAAUUAUUUUUUAUAACAUUUUCAUUCUUUUCAUCUUCUUAAAGACAUUGAAAUUAAAUUGUUUUGUUCUUCUACUAUCUUAAUUACAAAACAGUACCAUUUAAGUCUAGUUUAACAAUAAUAAUAUACUUUUAUAAUAUAUUUUAUCAUUUUUUUUUAUUGAACCGGUCCAUAAUUAAUGCGAUAUUUAAUAAUCAUAGUGUAAAUUACGAUUAAAAGGUUGAAUUCUAUAUUGUUCAAUUUUAUUUUACGACAUUAAAAAUUAUGUACUCGUAUUUCAACAUAAUUUUGUGUAAACACUAUAGGUUGUAUAUAAUAACAAAGAAUAUUAUUAUUAAAAUAACAGUGAAACCGAUUUAACUGAAAACCACGUACAACAUAUAAACUAUAAUACAAUUAUAAUAAACGAGAAUAUACUUAAUGUUCGUGAAGUAAAAAAUAAGAGAAAGAUAGAAAGAGAGAGAGAGAGCGGAAAAGCACAUUAAUUUAUUUCUCACUUCAAUCAUAUUUUUUUAAAUACUUCAUACAAUACAAUAAAAUAGAAAAAAAAAAAUAUUCCUGCAUACACAAAAUAGCGUCUAAACGAAUUAUUAAAUUGUUUUCAUACUUUAAAAGGAACUCUGUAGGUAAACAAUUGUCCGAAUAGACUCGUUCGUAAUAUAUAGGUACGUAUUAUUUCUGUUCAACCCGCAGAAAUUUUGUACAAUAAUAAUGGCAAUGUUAGAGUUGCUUUCGAGACUAAAAUAAUAAUUUAAUGAAACCAAUUAAUGUAUAGCACUAAGGGCUUCACGAACAUGUCCCCUACUUUUGAUAUAAUGCUGGCGUAUACAAACAUUACAAACUCAAAUUUAAUUAUAAAAAACUCGACCAUGUAGAAAUUAUCUUAGUAUAACUAUAUAAUUAUUGUGACAUUUUACCAAAUGUGAACAGUUUAUUUUAAGGUUGAGAUAUUUGGUAAUUAUUCUGAUAUUUUAAAAUAAUUGAUUUUGAAACAGUAAUUUGUACUUUGGUUUGAUUUAAGCUUAUUUUUAAUUUAUUGUGUUUUUAGGGAUUCAAUGCCUGAGCCGUUGACCAAAGUACUGGAAGAAAAUACUCAUUUAAAUGAAAAUAAAAACGUGCAAAAAUUAACGAGACAUGAAAGCAUUGGCGGCCAAGAUCCUGGAGUGGUCGGACCAAUUGUUUGGGAUUUGCAUUGUAAACAAAUGCAAAUUAAAAGUAGUGAGUCUAAAUAAAUACAAAUUCGCUACUAGAAACCCACCCCUGAAGAUGAUGUUUGAAGCGAGUUUUUCGGUAGAAAAGUUGCUAUUAGACACAGAUACAAAUCUGAAUGAACAGUUCAAAUAUUUUGAAAAGCCCCCACGGGUCGAGUUCAAUCAUGAUCUAUCCAAGGUCACUUUUUAAAUCGCAUAGUCUCUCGUAUUUUAUUUUCCAAACAUAAUUUCGUUCUUAAUUAUUCGAGUUCUGAGUAUGUAAUAGUGUUUGUAAUAUAUGAACAAAGAAGUUAAAAAAAAAAUAAAAUUCCGUUAAUUUUUUAAAUUAGGUAUAACUGUUAUUUGUUUUUAUGUAAACAUUUAAAUUAUAUAAUCGAUAUAGCAAUUUACAAAAUAGGUUAUCUUAGUUGUUGAUAUUUUCUUCUAUAUAAUUUAUAAUACGCUGGUGCCUACCUAACAUAAACAAGUACAAGAAGCAUUUUAUAUUUUCUAAACAAAAAUGAAAUUAUAUUUAAAAAAAUAAAACAAAAUUAUUAGGAACGGGCCGAUACCACUCUUUACCGAUAUCCGAUAUUUGAAAUCGAAAACCACCAGUUGAUAUUGAAAUUAACCGGUAUGCUGGCUGAACAUUUAAUUUUUUUCAAAAUGCAUUUUUCGUAUCCCAAAGACAUUAUAGACAUCUGCCAACGAGAAUGCCGGGUCAAAUGACGGUAUUGACAACCUCCUUCCCCCGAUAUUGGCCGAUAGCUGAGUUUAUCGAUUUAUGUACCGGCUUUAUGCACACAUCUAAACAUUGUCAUUGCAGACGAUCCGGAUAACGAUUCGUGUUCGAGCUUCGACGCGUUCAACGCCAUGGACGCAAACGUGACGAAAAUGCGACAAAAAUUUCACGAACUUCUCGACGACGCGUUCACGUUGUUCGGUAGUCGAAACUCGAGUUUUCACAGCGGCGACAGUAGUCCGUCGUUGAGCAACAACGAACAAAGAUCGAAAUCGGCUCCGUUUAGGUGAGUGCGUAAUAGGCGAGAAUCCAGGGGCGGCUCCAAAGACUUGGUUGGGAGGGGGGAGGGAGCCAAAUCAUAUUUAGCAGAAUACUGUAUAACUUAAAUAUUUACUGUAUAUUUUACAGUUUAUUUACUUACAUAUAUAUAUACUCAAUAGCAUAGAUAGUAUGGAAUAUUGAUGAUACCUUUAACUGCACGCUUGUCUGUAAUAGUCUAUUUAGUUCCCUUUAAUGUUUUUUUUUUUUUUUUUUAACAAAAAAUACGGGCUGGGGGUUGAAAUUAUAAUAAUUGUUAUUAUUUCGUACGUUAUUGUUUAUUAAAAAAAAAAAAACCGUAUAGGUAUAACGAGUAAUAUUAUUACGGCGUUAUAAAUGAGCGCGUACGGUCGACCAGGUCGGCUGGGUUACAAUACGAUGUAUGGGUAAUGUGAUUUACACAAUAUUAACAUUUAUAAUAAAGGGCAACGAGUGUGUAUAGCUAUUUUACGUACACGUUGUUACACAGUUUACACAGAGGAAAAUAAUAUUCUUGUUCGUAUUAUAAGCAUACGGAUGUUCGUUCCAGCGGCGGCGUGCGGAAGCUUAGUAGGCGCCAAAAAAAAAAAUGAAAUAAUAAAUAAAUACAUUAAUCGAUAGGCAACCGUCGGGAAAGGUACAUCCUAGUUGGUUCCCAGAUUAUUUUAAUAAAACGUUGAAUGUAUGGGCGUAUAGUAGUUUCUCUUUUUACGUAAUAUUAUGUUUCCUUGAUUGACCGUUAUUUAUUUACGGCCAUUGUUGACGAAGGGGAGAUCUGGGUGUCAAAUGUAUCGCUAGACCUAGCUAAGAGGGCUGAAUUAAAUGAUUCUAAAUCCAAGAAGAGUGGAUUUGUUAUUACGAAUAAUUGUAUAUAAUUUGUUAUUAAUAUCUGUACGUCUAUCUCUACCAAUUAGCUAUUAGUAUUGUUUUGUUUAAAUGUAAGACGAAUUUAUAGAAUAACAAUGACAUUUCUUUUCUACUAAACCGAACCACUGAAAAUAAGUCUUAGAGCUACGAAGUUUGUAGCAACCCUUCUAUACAGUUUUCAAAAUCUUUCCACCGCCUCCUCCAAGAUCUAUCCCAAAUUACGCCACUGUUUAUUUAUUAUGAAUUCGUAGAUAAACAUAAUGAUGGGAACUAUUGUAAUAUGAACUGAACAAUUAACCGAAUUAUACGUUGUAAUAUUAUUGUAUUUGGCCUUUUUCGAAAGCCUUCCACAGCAUAGUGGGAACCAACACGGAUGCAGCCACGUCUACACCUACUGUAUAAUGUUGCGAACCGGAUAUACUAAGUCCCAAGCGUUUCCUGAUUGCCGACCUAAACAACAUAAAUAUUUAAUUUCUUAAUAUAAUCAGCGUUUGAAUUGGAGGGAGGGAUCGCGGGGGGACGGAGUACCACUUAUUUUCUAAAAAUAUUUUAACGUACAUACCAUUUUCAAUUUUUCUUAGUGGGUGUAAUUAGGUUGAAUCCGAUCGUUACAAGAGACGCUACUUUUUCUUUUUCUUUUUUUAAGUUUUAUGAGGCUUGCGUUACUAUGGGUGCUAUGAUACCCCUUUUUGUUCCGGUUCGAGCAAUGAAAAUAAUGGAGACAAUAGUACCCGCGAACGCUAAAUAUCGUAAACCGCUCUAACCUAUACUAAGCUAUACUAAUAUCGUACGGUCGGCGUUGCAAAUAAUAAUUCGCCGGUGCUCUGGGCGAGACAGUCUGCAAAAAAAUAAAUAACGAACGGCUAUGUGUUUUCCGCGCAGGUCUUCCGCGACGUCUGCAGACGGCCGUUCGUCGUGCCGGCCCAAGACAUCGGUGGACUCGGGCGGCGGCCGCGCUGAAGACGACGAGCUUGCGGCUGCCACGGCGGCCAGUUCGUGUUGGGCGUUGUCGCCGGGCGAGGCGUGGGCCGGUUCGGACGGGUCGGUGUUCGUGCCCCGGCCGCUGAGCGCCGGCCCGUUCCACCGGCCCGUCUUGCGCACCGAAUUCAUCAGCUCGGACGCCAACCUGUCGCCCCAGGACCCCGCGGUUCCGCUUAUCAAGGCCAUACGGAAGGAACUGGACAGAUUCCCGUCGUCGCCUGACCCGCACGCCGCCGACUCGUCGUCCCGGUGAUGAAUCCAAAGCGGACCGGCACUAAUUUGUACGCAGUUAGAAAGUUAGAAUUACGUUGAAAAUGUAUACUCUUGUAAAUAGCCCAAAAACUUAUGACCCGCAGUUAGAUGACAUCCCGCUGCAGAAUGACUUUCUAACUAUAAUGUUGGAAUGCGUUGUGCUGAAAUGUAAUUCUAUUUAUCCACACGACCCUUUGAAGAGAAACCAAACAAACGACUCGGUAGUUUUUCGGUGAUUUCGGCGGGCAUUUUUUGUCUUUUAAUUCUACAUUCGAAACGUGAUAACGAUUUCGAUGUUUUAUCAUCGCGAUUAAUUCCGGAUUACCUAUAAUGUGAUCGGGGCCCGAGACUUUAUGCGCUCGAAAUCCACAAAAAACCGACCGAAAACGUCAAAAAAUACACACUUAAUUAAGAAAAAAAGAUAGUAUGUUUUUAAAAGUCGCCCCCGUCUACGGGCUCUAACUUGUAAAAUACAAUUUUCGAACACUACAAAAACGAUUAACACACGUUUUUAAAUAAAAUUGUAAGUAUUAUAUAUGGAAAAAAAAAAUGCGUAUUAAUCGUUUUCGUAUAGUGUUAAAAAUCGGAUUUAAUGGUAUUAUAUAUAGAACCGUCUGUCAUUUUUGUUUUUUAAAAUAUUUUUUCAGGGCUCUUUUGAGGUUUUUUAAACGCUUUCCUGUGGAUUUUAAACUCAUAAAAACCCGAGCCCUACUAAUAUGAGUAGCAUAACCGAGGAAAAUAACAUAAAAAAAAAAAAAAUAAAUAAUCGACCGUACGUUUUAAAAUAUCCGACUUUCAAUUUCACCGGAUUUUUUUUUUUUUUACGAGUUGCUCAAUACCGAAUUAUUUACAGGGCCCAUGGCAGUUCUCUUAAAACUGAUAACAAAAAAAAAAAAAAUGUUAUCGGAUCAGAUUGAUCAACACUUAAACCUAAAGUCUCGAUAUAAUGAUAAUUAUGUUUUUUUUAUGUACAAUACAUUUCGGUGAACGCAGGUGAACUUAGAAGACGACGAGAAAAUUAUAAAUACACUGAACAUAAGACGUUUAUACUUUUGAAAUCAAAAUUAUUAUUAUAGAUCUCAAAAUCGGGUUGUAUAACGGGUUUUUGAACGACAACACUAAAAUUCCAAUUUUUUUACAUUAAUUGCAGGGAUAAUGAGUAAAAAUAUUUAAAUUUCUUUUAAAUUUUUAUAUUUUGGUGAAAAAUAACAUUUUUAGCUCUUUCCAGUCCUGCGUUCGUGGUACAGGCUGACGCACAAACCGAUAAAGAAUUAUUAUUUGGAAUAAUUUACAAUUUUUUUUUUUUUUUUUUUUGUCGGUAUGAGAUAUUUUUUUAUCAUUUUUAAGAGCUAACUGCUUUUGGCCCUGAUCUACAACGCGCAGCGUUCGUCAUGAAAAUCCGGGUAACCGCUCGAACGACGACCACUCGGAUGACUCAUAUCAUAGCCUGCACGGUACGAAAUCGACACAG